AUGGGACAAAAAAUAAAUCCACUCGGUUUUAGACUUGGUACAACCCAAAAACACCAUUCCUUUUGGUUCACACAACCAAAAAAUUAUUCGGAAGGUCUACAGGAAGAUAAAAAAAUAAGGGAUUGUAUCAAGAACUAUAUACAAAAGAAUAGGAAAAAGGGCUCGAAUAGAAAAAUAGAAUCAGACUCAAGUUCCGAAGUAAUUACACAUAAUAGAAAAAUGGACUCAGGUUCAAGUUCCGAAGUAAUUACACAUAUAGAAAUCCAAAAAGAAAUCGAUACGAUCCACGUCAUAAUCCAUAUUGGAUUCCCAAAUUUAUUAAAGAAAAAAGGAGCAAUCGAAGAAUUAGAGAAAGAUCUACAAAAGGAAAUUAACUCUGUAAACCAGAGAUUUAAUAUUUCUAUCGAAAAAGUUAAAGAACCUUAUAGACAGCCUAACAUUCUUGCAGAAUAUAUAGCUUUCCAAUUAAAAAAUAGAGUUUCAUUCCGAAAGGCAAUGAAAAAAGCCAUUGAAUUAACUAAAAAAGCAGAUAUAAGGGGAGUAAAAGUAAAAAUUGCGGGUCGUCUCGGAGGAAAAGAAAUUGCACGCGCCGAAUCCAUUAAAAAGGGUAGACUUCCCCUCCAAACAAUUCGCGCUAAAAUUGAUUAUUGCUGCUAUCCAAUUCGGACUAUCUAUGGAGUAUUAGGUGUAAAAAUUUGGAUAUUCGUAGACUUUUUUCCUAAAAUCCCUGCAAAAGAAGAAAUUAUACCUCUUUCUAUAAGAUUUAAUGAAAAUUGA